CCUGCAGACGAAGGCAUGGCGAGCACGGAGGCCAGAAGGGAGUGUGAGACGGAGGGCUGCAGCAGGGACGCCAAACUUCAGUGUCCCACAUGUAUCAAGCUCGGUAUUCAAGGCUCCUAUUUCUGCUCGCAGGAAUGUUUCAAGGGGAGCUGGACGUCUCACAAGCUGCUCCACAAAAAAGCAAAGGAAGACAAGCACCAGACUGAAGCUAAGAACUGCGUGGAGCAGGACACCAACACAGAUCCCUGGCUGGGAUACCGCUACACAGGCAAACUACGGCCACACUACCCACUGACCCCCAUGCGGCCGGUUCCUGGUGACAUCCAAAGACCCGACUAUGCGGAUCAUCCCAGAGGGAUGUCCGAGUCCGAACAGUUCCUGAAGGGGACGUCUCAGAUCAAGAUCCUGUCUCCUGAGGAUAUCGAAGCCAUGAGAGUGGUGUGCAAGCUGGCGCGGGAAGUCCUGGACAUCGCCGCCAUGAUGGUGAAGCCGGGUGUCACGACGGAAGAGAUCGACCACGCUGUUCAUCUGGCCUGCGUGGCGAGGAAGUGCUACCCAUCUCCUCUCAACUACUACAACUUCCCCAAGUCCUGCUGCACGUCUGUCAACGAGGUGAUCUGCCACGGCAUCCCGGACCGGAGAGCUCUGCAGGACGGAGACAUCCUCAACGUGGACAUCACUAUCUACCAUAACGGUUUCCAUGGCGACCUGAAUGAGACCUUCUUCGUGGGCGAGGUGGAGGAAGAAGCCAAGAGGCUGGUGCUGACGACGUACGAAUGCCUGAUGCAAGCCAUCGACUCGGUGAAGCCCGGGGUGCGCUACCGGGAGCUGGGGAACAUCAUCCAGAAGCACGCUCAGGCCAACGGCUUCUCCGUGGUGCGCAGCUACUGCGGCCACGGCAUCCACAGGCUUUUCCACACGGCGCCCAACGUCCCACAUUACGCCAAAAACAAAGCAGUCGGGGUCAUGAAGCCGGGUCAUGUGUUCACCAUCGAGCCAAUGAUCUGCGAGGGCGGCUGGCAGGACGAGACGUGGCCCGACGGCUGGACGGCGGUGACCCGGGACGGGAAGCGGUCGGCCCAGUUUGAACACACCCUGCUGGUGACGGAGACGGGCUGCGAGGUUCUGACGCGCCGCCUGGAGGACAACGGCCGAGCUCACUUCCUGGCCCAGAUGUAGGCGCCGCCAGAACCAGCGCCCAGGACUGGACCCGACCAGACGCCCGGCACCGCAAACUCACUCACAGCUCAAAGGAAACUCUGAAUUAAAAUGGGUUCCUGAAGUGGAUGUUCUGGAAUGUGUCUGUAAAGUUUUCUCAGUUUGGUCCGAGUCGUCUGGAGGAAGCAGAUAUUUAUAAAGUUCACCCACGCUUUGCCAGAACUUUCCUCGAGGUUCUUCUCCAGGUAGAAAAAGUUCCUGGAAAGUUCUGGAAAAGUCCCAAAAGAAGGAGUUUAGGUUUGGCGAAUCAGCAGAGUUUAAAUCUUUAUUUCCAGAGCAGAAUGCGGCGCAGAUCUGCAGCUUUAACUCAAACCAUCAUCAAACGGCCGUCCUGAGCUAGCUUAGCUUACGAUGCAGCUGCUGCAUGACGGAGGUUCUGGUACCGUGAGCUCUGGCAUAGCAGAACGAGCCUUAACGUGUGGAAGUGUGACCUCUGACCUGCUCGUCUCACCUUCAUCCUGUGUCACCUGGAUGCCGUCGAUGUUUCUCUGCACUCUGUACUUCUGAUGGAGUAAUAAAUGACUCUUCUGUA